AUGGCAUUCAUGAACGCACAGGGACUGUGCUUACCAGCACGAGACCUGCAGAAUAUUGUAGAGAAACUGCUUCACGGCUACAUUCUACAAGCUUCAAAGACAGACCUACUUUCUAGAAACCUGAACUUUCUGCUGCUCCUACGCCUCCUCCGUGGACUGCUAGCUGGGUGCCUGGUGUUCGGCCCUCCACGGGGCGGGGGGGAGGGGAGUGGGUGGGGGUCCCUGGUCCAGCUGCCACAGUCGAAUCCUUCUGGCAUCCCACAGCCCAGGGUCACCCUGUGCAGACGCAGACAAUGUUAUAGGCUCAGGCACGCAAACGUCACAAAUGUCAGGAGCAGUCGCAAGGCAGUUGAAGAUCAGCUAAAGAUAUGUGGCUGCAAGAGGGAUGCUGACGUCUUUGAGCUGUUCCUUUCUAAAAAGGAACUGACAGAGGUCAUUGAUCUUUCUAGGUUUAAAAGGUUAAAAUACUUAUGGCUUCAUCAUAACAAGCUAAAUGGUAUAGAAUUUUUGACUAGAAACUAUUGUUUGACAGAACUAUAUUUGAACAACAAUGCAAUAUUUGAGAUAGAAGGCCUGCAUUAUUUGCCUUCGCUGCACAUUCUCCUGCUGCACCAAAAUGAGCUAACCAACAUUGAUGCCACCAUGAAGGAGCUAAAGGGACUGCUGAACCUGAAGACCCUAAGUCUAUACCAAAACCCUUUGUGCCAAUAUAAACUGUACCGUUUAUAUACAAUCUACCACCUUCCAGGAGUGGAGCUGCUUGACCGAAAUAAAGUUACAGAAAAAGAAAGAAGAUCAAUGAUUAGCAUCUUCAAUCAUAAAAAAGCUCAUAUUAUUCAGUCAAUAGCAUUUGGAGGCAAAGUAGAUGUGCAAUGGAACCCUAAAUUGCCAUUAAAGCAGAAACAAGUCCAACAGUUUCCUUCAGAUUUUGUGUUUGCGGAUAAUGUAGACAAGACUGUGUUUGAUGACCCUGAAGAUGCUGUGUUUGUGAGGUCCAUGAAGAGAUCGGUGAUGGCCAUUACCACUAUGAACUGGGACACGGUUCCAACACGAGAGGAAAAGUAUGGUGAGGAGGAAGGCACAGAGCCUGGUCAGAUGCUCACGACGACACUGAGAUAA